AAAAAAAAAAAAAAAAACCCGAAGAAGAAGCACACUUGACGAGUAUGGAGACUUGCUGUAAUUGAGACAUUUUGACCUUCUCUAUACUUUUAGCUUUGUUUCAUACAGUUCUGCAGGAUGUCAGUCAAAAAAGCAUCAGUCCAUGCCCAGUGGAUUCUGGGCAAAGUCAUCGGGACCAAAAUGUACAAAACGGCCAAAGUGAGAGUUACCAGACUGGUGUUGGAUCCUUACCUGCUCAAGUACUACAACAAGAGAAAGACCUACUUUGCUCACGAUGCUUUGCGACAGUGCACUGUGGGAGAUGUAGUCCUCCUCAAGGCUCUGCCCGAGCCCAGAUCCAAACACGUAAAGCAUGAACUCGUUGAAAUUGUGUAUAAAGUGGGUCGGGUGGUGGAUCCACUGACAGGAAAGAGGGUCGCAGGAACAGAGUUUGUGGAGGCUCUCUCUGAUAUUCCGCUUGAAGAGGAGACCACAUUGUUGGAGAAACUUCAGGAGCUCAACAUCUCUGCUGUCUCCACUGGAGCAGAAUCCACUUCGACACAAACUCCCUCUACUUGACUAAAAUAAAUCUCCCUUUAAUGUCAGUGUGUAAUGUUUUUUUUUUUUUUUUUC